ACCAAGGUCUGGUAUUUUCUUGCUCCCUGAUGCAAGGCCACACAGUCAGGUUUCUGUUUCAGUACAGAUUUAAUAGACCUUAAGACUUGCUUCAAGCUCACAAUGUUGACUUCCGUCAACCAAGCAAGUGCGGUCCAGGCACGAUGGGUUCCUUAUGCUACCCCUCUCAGCCAGACAAGCAUUCAGUUCAAUCAUCAUCAUCACGGCCAUCAUCAACCAUUACUCCGCCAUAUCUAUCUUCUACAAGGAAACCCCAUACGCACAUUCUAACAACAUCAUCAGAUAUGGCUUCUCCAGACUGGCGAGUCGAUGUGAACUAGCAACAGAACAUGCGACGCGUCCUCAGCCCCCUAUCCCACAGCGGUUGGCUCAAUAUGUCAAUGAUGAUAGACUGGUGCUUACAUCGUUACGAGACCGACAAUUCUAUUCCGUCACAAAAGCAUUGGAAUGCUGUGGAUGAGGAAAGGGCUGCGAGGCUACAAGCCUGGGGACUACCAGCAUUCGCCCUUUUAGUUCUACUGGGCCAGCCGUUCGGAAACAGUCGACGCGUGGAUUUCAGAGCGAUUUGCCAAUGGACGGAGGAUGAAAAGAGGAGAUUGGAAUUGAUACAUGGGCUGGGGGGUGUACAAGGCUUUGGAUGUGGGCAGCAAUGGGGCCCAUCCCAAGCAGGGGCAUUCAACAGUCUUGCAAGCGGGAUCCACACUCAUUAUAGGAGUGCUGUGAAUCCGUUCCAAGCAGAGGCAUUCCACAGUGUUGGAAGGAAUACCGGGGCUCUGUAUAGGAGUACUGAGGCUCCUUAUAGGAUACAGGAGAACGCAUUGGGGCCCUUUGGGGUGACAUACGUAUCGGGAGGAAUUGAAGAUGAAGACUUUGAGCCUGCGUUUCAGGGUAGUCCUCCUCAGGAGGAGAGAUCCAGGCGGGCUGGUAACGGCAGAAAGAGGCCACGCGAUACAGAGGAGGAUACAGAGGAGGAUACAGAGGAGGAGAUACAAGGGCUAGGAGUCUUCGACAACUGUGGGCAUAGGAAACGAAGUAAGCGUAUCCGAGAGGGAUCCGGCAGUACUGAUAACAGCACUAAGGAGAUGAAAAAGGAGAUGAAGAAGCUGAAAGCCAGCGUCAAGGAGAUGUGUGAGGUGAUGUGCGAGGAGAUACGUGAAAUGCGGGAAGACAUUGAUUCAGACUCUGAGGCGUCGGCGACAUCAGAGUCGUUUCUGGAGGGAUAGUUGGAAGCAAGUUGCUUGAAGUCAAAGAAACAGUCUAAUUGUCUAUUUUUGCCUUUCCGGCAUCCCA